AUGAAAACCCGAACACUGGUUUCGCUUGCGCUUGUUUUAACGAAUCCCAUAUCUGUAUUCGCUGUUAGGGAUCAUACGUGUGGCGGUGUAACUAUUCGUCAAAAAACGAUCAUCGGCGAGAUUGACUUAAAAAUCGAGUCAAUGUCAAUAGACUUUAAAAGACGCUACGCAUUAGAUGAACAACUCGGUGAAGUGAAUUUUGACUAUCCCUCCUCAGGAAAAGGAGGUACACCGCUCAAAGUCACAGUGUCAUUUAAUAGGAACGGAGAAGUCCUUUCGCUAACAGCUACUCGUGAUGGAGAGGCUGUCGAAUGUGUUGAAGAGGUGUGA